CUGAAUGCCGGGCCGGUAGAACAGUUGCCGUCGAGCAGAGAGUCCGAGCGAACGUGUGCGGCAGGUGGAUUGUGGAUUGCGGAUUACGGAUUUUCGGAGUCAAGGAUUAACGGAGGAUAACCUCAGGACUUGCUGAGGAUAGCCUGUGGGCUUCCAGAGGAUUUCCUGUGCCCAACUUGUAGCACAACGUAAGGACUUGUUGCGACCCCAAGAUGGAGUUCCUGAGCGCCCAGUGCGCUGCCCGUUCGGCGGGACCGGCUAAUACCCUGAUGUCCCUGCUCCUUUCCACACUGAUCACCAAGUUCUGCGACCUAAGUGGUCAGCAGCAGUGGCCGGAGGACAAGGGAGAUUGGCUGGAGCAGGCUGGUGGCUUCAAGCACGACUACGACUUCAUAGUGAUUGGAUCGGGAAGUUCGGGAGCUGUGGUGGCCGGUCGCCUGGCCGAGGUAUCGAAGUGGAAGGUCCUGCUCCUGGAGGCUGGCGGCGAUCCGCCGAUUGAGACGGAAUUCGUGGCCUGGCACAUGGCCACCCAGUUCUCCGACUGGGAUUGGCAGUACCAUUCGAAACCUAAUGGACGGGCCUGCAUGGCGAUGGAGGGCGAGAGCUGCCACUGGCCGAGGGGCAAGAUGUUGGGCGGCACGAACGGAAUGAAUGCCAUGAUCUAUGCCCGUGGCACGCGCAAGGACUUCGACGACUGGGAGGCCAGGGGCAAUCCGGGAUGGGGCUAUGACGAGGUGCUGAAGCACUUCCGCAAGGCCGAGGAUCUACGUUCCACUCGUCCAGGCUAUACGCCUGGAGAUCAUGGCGUUGGUGGACCCAUGAUAAUCAAUAAUUACGUAUCCGACAACGAGUUCCGCUCGACGAUUCGCGCCGGCAUGCAGGAAAUGGGCUACGGCAGUGCCCCGGAUUUCACAGAGGGCUCUUUCGUAGGCCAAAUGGACAUCCUGGGCACCCAGGAUGGAGGACACCGCAUCACCACCGCCCGAUCUCAUCUGCAUAAGAAUACACCCAAUCUGCACAUCCUGCGCCACGCCCACGUCAAGAAGAUUAACCUGGAUCGCCACAAUCGGGCGGAGAGUGUGACCUUUGUGCAUCGCGGCAAGAAGGAAUACACCGUGCGGGCCAGCAAGGAGGUCAUCGUGUCCGCCGGAGCCAUUGGCUCCCCCCAGAUCCUGCUGCUCUCAGGCGUCGGUCCUGCCGAUCACUUGAAGAGCCUGGGAAUUCCCGUGAAACUGGACCUGCCCGUGGGCAAGAAUCUGAAGGAUCACGCCAGUCUGCCGGUGAUCUUCCAGAUCGACAAGUCCACUGCCCGCAAACCCACCGAGGAGGAGUUGGUGGAUGCCAUGUACAACCUGCUGAUGGGUCGUUACAGCAAACUGCUGCACCACGAGGCCACCGCCCUGACAGGAUUCAUCAACACCACCUCGAUUGAGGGUCCCAAUCCGGAUAUUCAGACCACCAAUUUCUUCAGCCUGAUGCAAAGUCCGGAACUGAAGGGUUAUGUGGCUGCCACGGGAUUCAAUGACCGCGUGGCCAAGAGCAUUUUGUCGGCCAACCAGAAGACCAAUACCUAUAUUACGUACUUGCUCCACUUGAAGCCCUUCUCGGCGGGAAGUCUGACCCUGCAGUCGACGGACUAUUUGGAGGCCCCCAUUCUAGAUCCCGGUUAUAUGACCGACGAACGCGAUGUGGAUACCUACAUUAGGGCCCUGAAUAUCUACAAGAACUUGCCGAAGACCAAAGCCUUCAGUGAGAGGGAAGCCACACUCCACAAGCUCGAUUUGGAGGCCUGCAAUGGGCUGACCUACCAGUCGGAUGACUACUGGCGCUGCUACAUCCGCCACAUGACCACCACAGUCUAUCACCCGGUGGGCACCACUCGCAUGGGUCCAUCCAGCGAUCCCACUGCCGUGGUGGAUCCCCAGUUGAAGGUGCAUGGUGCCAAGGGUCUGAGGGUGAUCGAUGCCAGCAUCAUGCCCGAUAUUGUGGGGGCCAACACCAAUGCAGCCUGCAUCAUGAUCGGCGAAAAGGGCGCGGAUAUGAUCAAGGAGGAGUAUCUGGGCGGCAAACAUUCCGAGCUCUAAGCUCUGCGAUAUUCUACGAUAUAAGUUUACCAUUUUUUGUCACUUUUUUUUUGUUAUAAUAAAUAUAUGCGUUUUAAAAUAUAA